AUGACUGUUACUGAAAAAUUAAAUGGUCGUGAAGUAUAUGAUGCUAUAGGCCAACCUAAAACCAUUGUUGCUCCAAUGGUAGAUCAAUCAGAAUUAGCAUGGAGAGUAUUAUCCAGAAGAUAUGGAGCUGACUUAUGUUAUACUCCUAUGUUUCAUGCUAGAUUAUUUGCUAAUGAAGAGAAAUAUCGUAAUAGUAUGUGGAGUUCUAUGGAUGGAGAUAAAGAAAAAGAUAGACCAUUGGUUGUACAAUUUUGUGCUAAUGAUCCUGAGAUGUUACUUAAAGCUGCCAAAUUAGUUGAAGAUAGAUGUGAUGCUAUUGAUUUAAAUUUAGGUUGUCCUCAAGGUAUAGCGAAAAAGGGGAAAUAUGGAGCAUUUUUAAUGGAAGAUUGGGAUUUGAUUUAUAAAUUAAUCAAUAUUUUACAUGAAAAUUUAAAGAUUCCUGUUACAGCCAAGAUACGAAUUUAUGAAGAUAAAGAAAAAUCAUUAGAAUAUGCAAAGAUGGUUUUAAAAGCAGGAGCUCAAUUUUUAACUGUUCAUGGUAGAACAAGAGACAUGAAGGGUCAAGCAACUGGAUUAGCAAAUUGGAAAGUGAUAAAAUAUUUGAGAGAUGAAUUACCAAAAGAUCAAGUUUUCUUUGCUAAUGGUAAUAUUUUAUAUCCUGAAGAUCUUGAAAGAUGUACUGCGGAAACCACAUGUGAUGCUGUGAUGUCAGCCGAAGGGAACUUAUAUAAUCCAGGAGUUUUCUGGACUAAAGAUAAUGAUAAAGAUAAACAAUUUGCCAGAGUUGAUAAAAUGUUAAGAGAGUACUUUGAAAUUGUGAAAAGUUGUGAUGGUGUUGCAUCUAGACAUGCUAUGAAAGCCCAUUUUUUUAAAUUAUUGCAUGCAUUUUUGAAUGUUCAUAAAGAAUUAAGACCAGUCAUUGGUAAGACCAGUGUUAAUUCUGAUUUCAGUGAAUGGGAAAAAAUUGUGGUUGAAGUAGAAGGUAUAGUUGAAAAGAUUUAUCAACAAGAUAAUAUUGAAGAAAUAGAUGUUAUUGAAGUAGGAGGAGUUGAAAAAUGGGGUGGUUCAUAUAAAACAGUUCCAUAUUGGAGAUGUCAACCAUAUUUCAGAACUGUUGAUGGUGAGAAACAAAAUACCAGAUCUUUAAAGGUUGCUGGAGAAAGUGAAUUAAUAGAAGCUUCAUCAUCAGUAUCCACUUCUGAGAAACAUAAGAUUUCAGAGCCAUUAGAAGAAAUAGAAACCAAUAAAAGGGUUAAAGCAUAG